UGGGGGCGCGGAGUAGUGGAGUUUGUUGCGCUGCUGGAGGCGAACAUGGCGGGCGUCGCUGAUGCCGCCGCUCCCGGCAGCAGCGGGGACGGGAGGCGAGGCGGCGCCCCGGAGCAGCUGCAGCAGCAGGACGCGGGAAGGGGGGAGCGGAAAAGCAGCUGUUCGAGCGGCGAGUCGCGGCCGCCUGUCGGCGGCUCGGGGCAGCCGCCACCGCCGCAGCGAACCGAAACCCUGGGCUUCUACGAGAGCGACCGGGAGCGGAAGAAGAAGAAAAGCGUCUCAGGUGAAGCUGUGUUUUCCUUGCUGUCCCCUGGCGUGGAGUGGUAGGGCCCAGGAGAUCCAAUACUUCCUGUCUAGUCCAGGCAGGAGAACUUCUAGCGCGUGGAGCUGGCAUGGUUGUUUGGGCAGUUGCACACAACAAUGGCAAGCUGACCUUUCAUUGCUGAGGUUCAUCAGUGCUGAACUAACAAGAGGUUACUUCCUUGAACAUAAUGAAGCAAAAUACACAGAACGGCGAGAGAGAGUAUACACAUGUAUGCGAAUACCAAGAGAAUUGGAAAAGUUGAUGUUUUUUGGAAUCUUUUUGUGCCUGGAUGCUUUUCUCUAUGUGUUCACCCUACUUCCUUUGCGAGUUUUUCUGGCAUUGUUCCAGUUCAUCACUCUGCCUUGCUAUGGCUUACGCUCUCAUCAGGGCCUAAGUGUCAGUGAUAGACGUUUACUACAACCUGCUCAGGUAUGUGACAUUUUCAAGGGAGUUAUAUUGGUCAUCUGCUACUUCAUGAUGCACUAUGUUGACUACUCUAUGAUGUACCAUCUGAUAAGAGGACAGUCUGUCAUAAAACUCUACAUCAUCUACAACAUGCUGGAGGUGGCUGAUCGCCUGUUUUCCUCUUUUGGGCAAGAUAUUUUGGAUGCCCUUUAUUGGACAGCUACUGAACCUAAGGAGAGAAAAAGAGCUCAUAUUGGUGUGAUUCCUCACUUCUUCAUGGCAGUGCUGUAUGUCUUCUUGCAUGCUAUUCUUAUAAUGGUCCAAGCAACAACACUUAAUGUAGCCUUCAACUCCCACAACAAGUCACUGCUUACCAUCAUGAUGUCUAAUAAUUUCGUUGAAAUAAAAGGAAGUGUUUUCAAGAAGUUUGAGAAGAACAAUCUUUUUCAAAUGUCAAACAGUGAUAUAAAGGAGAGAUUCACCAACUAUGUGCUGUUGUUGAUAGUAUGUCUAAGAAAUAUGGAACAGUUCUCAUGGAAUCCAGAUCACCUUUGGGUGUUGUUUCCAGAUGUUUGCAUGGUCAUUGCAUCAGAAAUUGCAGUGGAUAUUGUGAAACAUGCAUUUAUAACAAAAUUCAAUGACAUUACAGCAGAUGUCUACAGUGAGUACAGAGCCAGCCUGGCAUUUGACCUUGUUAGCAGUCGACAGAAAAAUGCAUACACAGAUUACAGCGAUUCUGUUUCCAGGAGAAUGGGUUUUAUUCCUCUCCCAUUGGCUGUUUUACUCAUCAGAGUCGUAACAAGCUCAAUAAAAGUACAAGGAGUCUUGGCUUAUGCCUGUGUUGUGCUCUUCUAUUGUGGGUUAAUUUCACUAAAAGUCCUUAACAGCAUUGUGUUAUUGGGCAAGUCAUGCCAAUAUGUAAAGGAGGCAAAAAUGGAAGAGAAGUUGUUCAGUCCUCCCCCUACUAGCACCCCAGGCAAGCCACCUAGCAAACCCCAAAGCAAAUUUAAAUCUACUCAAGGUAUUUCCACAGACGAAAGUUUCUCUGCAUCAGUUACCAAUCAGCCCGCACAUCAGAAGGAAAAUAAUACAUCUUUACUUGUGACAAGCAACUCUGAUCAAUUCCUGACGACUCCUGAUGGAGAAGAUAAAGAUAUAAGCCAAGACAAUUCAGAAUUAAAACACAGAUCUUCAAAGAAAGAUUUGUUGGAGAUAGACAGGUUUACUAUUUGUGGAAAUAGAAUUGACUAAGUUUUCUGAAUAGAUGUGCUUAGGAUACUGAGCUUUUGGGACAGCAAAUGCUACCAGAAUGGACAGUUGCCAAAAAAGGCACUUAAAUAUUUAUUUAAAAACUUAAAUUAUUAAUGGCAAAUGAAUAUUAAUUUUUACAAGUAAGUAGGCUUGGUAGCUGGUCAGAUCAAGUAACAGAAAUCUUUAACUUGGCUCUUUGGAAAAUAUAAUGGAUUGUGAGCCUCUUGUCUAUUUGGCAGAGCUACAGUAUCGCUGUUGUGGAAAUAGACUGAAAAAAUCAAACUCCUGUUUUGAUUUUUUUGAAACCAUGCUUCCAGAAUAUAUCAUUUUUCAUCAAGGUCUCUCCAAUAUAAGGAUAUACCUGGGAAUAUGUGACAACUUUAAUAGGAAGCUCAUCUUUCCAGUCUCAUGUUGUUUUCAUAAACAGCUGCAGAUUUCAAAACUUGUACUUAUCAACGAGUACAUAAAAAAGCACUGGUAGAUUAAACAGUAAGUCAAGAUAAUUAUUCUUGUCACCAGAAAAAUCUUUGAAGAUGUAUCAGAAUUAGAAUAAAAUACUACAGUAUCUUAAAUGAAAGACCUACUGCAUAGUAUUUUAUCUAAAAUCUAAACCAGCAAGGGAAAUGGAUCACAAAUACAGAGAAAUACAGUAAAGGUUCCACAUAACUGGGCAAACACAGCUUCAUCAUUUUUCUGUUCAAUAACAAUGUGUUCUGCAAGGCAAACUAUAUACAUUUAUAAAUGCUAUAUGAAAGGCUUUUUUAAAAAAAAGCUGAGGCUUGUUUUUUGCAAUGGGAAACGUUUUGUUACAAAGUGACUCUUCUUUAUAUUGAGAAAAGGUAGUGUGAACUGCAGCCAGCAACACCAGUGUUGCAUUAAUUCCAGAUAAUUCCAAUGCAAUGGAAGAAAUAAUUACUCACUACAUUUUGGUUUAAACAAGUUGAUAAAAAUGGCAUCUAUAUAUUAACUUAGCUGGAAAAAUUGCCCAUAGAAAUUUAAACAGAAAAUCAAAAGUGUCCAUUUUAAUUGGUGGAUUUUAAGCAAACUUAAGUAGAUGUGAAUAGCUUUGUUAUGAAACGCUUGGUUUUAUGAAGUAUAAUGCAUCUUAAUUUCUGGUGUGUGUGGCAAGGUUGGGGGAAUUGAUGAAAGGCACUUUGAAUCCCUCAAGAAUGAAUUGCAUUUCAGCUCAAUAACUAGGCUAGAGAACUGAAUCAAAAGACAAUCUUUCAUCCAGUGAUGAAUCCUACAUUUGCUGUUAAAAUAUAACAUUAACCUCUAUUUUCAAAAACCUUUCAAAAGAUUUAAGUUGAUGUCUGCUAAAUUAUUUCCCUUCGAAUUUUAUUUUGGAUUUUUGAUGUGAUACAGAUAUUUCAGUGAUGAACAGACCACAGGAUUUUUUUAUUAACUAAUUUGUAAUCUAUUAGAGUGGAAAAGCCAAAGUUUAAUAUUUGAUUUAUGAGUACAAAAUGUGGAAGAAUACAUGCGAAUUCCUAAAAUCUGCAGAGUUGUAUUAAUAUGACAGAACAGAGAAAUGUACACAAAUAAUGUUAUGAAACUGAUCAGAAUGUGAAGUUGUCAUGAAAAAUGGCUUUACCAUACAAGUCAACAUCAUCUGCUCUAAAGGGAGCCUCUUGUUGCCCCUUCUCCUCUCCCACCAACAGCAGCUGCAGUAGUGUCCAGAAUCAAUUGAAAUGGUUGGGGGCGAGGGGAAGAGGAGAGUCUAAAAUGCUUUUAUUUUGGGUGUAUUUUAUGCUCAUUGAGAAAUUUACACAUUAAAAUUCAGAUCUGUGAAUUUUUCAGUUAUUUAGCAGUUGCUAAAGGAAGCUUGGAAUGAUUUUCAUCUGUUAAAUGACAUUCUGUACCAAUUUUAUAAGUGCUUCUUGUGUGAAACUCAAUAAAAUUCAAUUUCGUAAUCUUUGUUUAAAAAAAAGGAGAAGAAUAGACUGGAUUUCUUUGCAACAGUUGUCAAUUUUGAAUACUGCAAUGUAACUUCUGCAUAUUCUGGUUUCACUAUGAAGAACUUAUUUUUUGCAAGCACAGGACAAGCGGCCUACUUUAGACCUGGUUUUAAUACUGGUUUUGUUCUUCUAUAUUCAUCACUAUGUCAAACCCACAGGAUGUACUAAUUUCAGCCUACUGUUAAUCUGAAUGCUAAUUGUUUAGAGACAGAAUCAAAUUGAAAUCCAGUCCAUUUUUUUUAAAAGUAGGGUUUUUUGUUUCAAUUGCCCUUAUAUCAUCCUGUUAAUUUUUGUGGUUUUACAUUCCAUGUUUCUGUUCCUAGUGUCUUUCCUCCCUUACUGUAAGAAAGACCUGCACAGACAGACAGAACUGACUAUACAAAGUGUUGUCAAACGCAAAAGUUAAAAAAGAAAAAAAAAUCCCAACUCUUAGUGAUAGAAAAGUUAGUUGCAGUAAUAGCAGAUUUUAAAAAAAAACCUUCCUAUAGAAAUGUGAUUUGUAAAUAUGUGACCAUUUAAAAUGUAGCUUAUUAAAUAUAUUGUAUUUCCAUUUAUUCUGUGCACACACUUUGCAGCUGACUGGUAGCAACUCCAUAGUUAGGGUUGUGUUCUAACAGGGGCUUAAAAUGGGAUAUACAUCUUUUUUUUCCUCUAAAAUAUCAUGCAGGGUUAGUUUUUAUGAUGUCUGGAUUAUUUAUGUACUUCAUACAAAUCAUACAUACUUGCUUUCUUUUCAGAAUGUUUUAAUAGAAGUCUUCAAAAUAGGGCUCUAGCUGAAAUUUUUCCUUGUCAUCCUAGUUUGUACUGAACACUGUCUAUCCACUUAAAACUUUUUAGAGAGGUGUGCUAACUAGAACUGGUGCAAAUGCAAAUCUGAUUGAUGGGAACUAGACAAUCCAAACCUGACUGACUGGGGUAGGUCGCCAACUCGCUCUCAGUAACUACCCAUUUAUGUCAGUUUUUAUCUUACAACAGGGUUGCUGCAUUUCUACUCCCCCACAGGUUUGUCUUUCCCACUCCCUUUCAACCAUUAAAAAAACCUAGGGAACUAAUAAACAGAAGAUUUCAUUGCAAAGCACUUAAGGUUGCUACACAUAAUAUACUUGACAAAUCUCUCCACAAAAGCAAAGAAAUUAGAAGUAAAUAUUAAUGCCUAUCUGUAGAGACCCUCUAUUCCUCCACCUGCAGGCACAUAUCACUACUACUGUACACUACAGACCAUGUCCUGCAAAUUUCACAGCCCCCUAGAACUGCCAGCCUUCCAUCACCCCUCUAACUGCCCUUCUACUCACAAUCCUUUAUUAGAUUACCCUCUCCAAACAUGAUAGACUAUUCCCCAACACUAAUAAAGUUUGGUGCAGUAUAUAAUCUGGUAAAGUAGCAUGUACAGAAGGAUGAAAAGGGGGCAGUUAAAUUUGCAAUAUGUGGUCUGUGGCCCUCACUUGGUUUUAAGGUCACUUUCAUUUUGAAUGUAUGUGUCCACACUGGGGUUUAAUGCAGUUUAACUAACUUGAUUGAAAUUCACAGUUUUCGUUCAUUCACGUUAAUUUUCCUGAGUGUCUCCAGUUAUAUAAGCUUGUCUGCUUUGCAGAUGGAGCAGGCCUCCCAGCCUGGGUAGACAAACCCCCACUAGUGGGGCUCGAGUUGCAUGCUAAAAAUAGCAGUGUGGAUGUGUAGCUCGGGCUCUGCAAGACCACCUGACACUGUAGGCUCCUCCUACAGUUUCUUGUUCUCUGUUUUUCCCCUCUGCAUUGUACCCUCUUCAUCCUUUCUCUUCCUAGUGUGUCUGCUCCUGGUGAUUUUCCUAGACUUGGUGAGGAGGAGCAUGUUUCUGAUGGAUGGACUGAGACAAGCAGGGGAAAGUCAAAUAUACGAUCAGUUGUAGUUUGGCAACCUGUUUUACAGGGUAGAUAUGCAGUUGGGGAGGGAGAAGUUAAGAGUUUUUAUAACUAACUUAUAGCUAACUAGCAAAUAUUUUCCCUGGGUGGUCUUUAAUAGAGUGCUGAAUCACAGUACAGUAUGGGCUUAUGUUACUACUGAAUGAUCAGCCAAUCAGGUGUUUAAAUGGACACCACUGACUGCUCCAUUUUGCCAGAAGUUGUGUUCUUGUAAUUUGUACUGUACCAAGCAGUCUACUGGAGGUAGACUUCUUACCUGGCGCAGUGCAGCAUCUGCCAUUGUAUGACUUGUGAGAAGGAAUAAAUGAGACAUUAUUUAAAUAGAAUAAUAUUUAUAAAAUAUUUACAAAAUUAUUACAAAGCACUCACAAGUGCCUUAUAAUAUAUUUAAAUAUCUCCCCUACCUAGAUUUGUGCGGGUGGAGGUCAAAGUGCUGUUUGUGCAUUUCUAAGAUGUACUCACUUGCCACUCAUAGAACUUCAUAUAAUAACUCAAGUGAUGGGCAGGAAACUCUGUAGAGCCAAGGGUAAGUUUAUGAAAUGAGACUCCUGUAUCUCCUUUCUAACUUGUGUACAGUUCAACAGUUUCAGCAGAUGUAUAAAACUUAAGUGCCUAAAUGUGACUACCAAAAAUGGAUGUCAUGUUAUGGCCAUUUCUUUAUUCAUGCAGGAGCACGUUUGUCAGAUACUUAACAUAAUCUGUCAGUAUGUGCAAAACUGAUGUAUUAAAAAGCACUCCUUAGUUCCUGUGAAGCUUUAUUACAAAGGGAAAUGAACCAAGAAGUAGAUAACCAUGUAAAAAUAGUAACUGAGAGAAUAUAUAGCAAAAAUAAAGCUCAGAAAUGAGCAAGAACUUGGAAAACAAUAUACCAGUACUCAAAUUAUAAAUAUACCUUAUCCAUGGCUGAUCUGGUAGCAAGUUUUUAUUUAGCUAAAUGAUAUCUUUAGAUGGGAAUUCAUAUUUAAAUUUUAAUUAGGCUGGUACCGCUAAAUGGGUCUCAUCAACUGCCCUAGGAAAAAGAGGAAAGAUAUUUUAAAAGGUAGCACCCUUUUAUGUAUUUUAUUAGAAAUAAGUAAAAUGUUAUAGGUUUAACUUUUUAGCUCAUGUUCUACAAACUAAUACCUGUGGAUUUUGAGAGAGAAAUUAAAAUGUAAUAGUUUGGCUUCAGCAAUAGUAAAAUCUGACUUUUUUGUUUGUUUUUUGUUACAAAAAGCUACAGUGUGAAUGACAGUUACCUGGAGCCAAUGACAGUAAAAGGAGCUAUUAGAAGAUGCUUACCUGGGCUUCAGUCCAGCAAAGCAGUAAGUCAUGCAUGAUUUAAGCAUGUGAGAAGUCAGUGACUUCAGUGGGACUACUCACUCACUCAGUUAAAACAUGCUUAAGUGCUUUGCUGCAUCAGAGUAGUACAAAGGUGUGUUUAAGAAAGGGUUGUUGAUCAGAGGGCAAUUGUGAGCACACAAACUUUUCGUUGGACUGUUUGAAUAUCUAGUAUUAUAGGCACCAAAUUGGGAUGUAAAGUACAUUGGUGUCUGUUGCACCAGGCUCUCUUAAAUUGUUAGUUCCCAGGCUGAACACUUAACAUUGAUUCUUUGAACAUUUAGUCUGACCUGCACCUUGAAGGAAAGAGCACUACAUCCUUUGUAAACUUAAUCUGGUUACAUUCUACCAUGUUUCCUCUUUAUAACCCCAGAACUGAUUUGCUGAAGUCAGGGAAAGUACAGUGGCAAAUACCAGCCAGACCCAGCUAUGCAUUAUGUAUCCCAUUUAUUUACAUUUUUGUGGAUUUCAUUCUCUUUGCUUGCAAAUUUCAGUCAUCCUGUCUUGUUUUAUUUCAGAUCAUUGAGAAAUAAUGAAUAAAUGGGCAUGUGGCAUCCAUGUAUCUCAAAAAGAAUUGAAACCAGAUUGCCCCAGCUGUCUUUAAGCUAAAAUGAAUUGCCAAAUGAAUUUUAAAACCAUACAUAGAAAACUGAUAGGGCACACGAGAUGCAUUUUGUUGGUCUUUAACUACCAAACUUUUUCCAUAGGAAUAUUUUAUUAAGCUACGAAAGGUUUGCAGCCUUUCAAAUGUUCAUCAGCCAAGCAGAAUUUCCCCUCAAGCCAAAGUAGGUUUUAUAAUCAUGAGUAUUCUGUUAACUUAUUUAAGUCCAUCAUAAUUUAGGGUUUAUGUAUUGUGUAAAUUUCUCAUUUUUAGUGGUAUGAUUUUGUUAAGAAGUUUCCUUUACUGUAAAUAUCUAUUUUUUCAAUUACAGUUUUAAUAAAGCAACUUGUUUUUUGUCAUGCCAGUAAAUCGCA